GAGAGGAGACGGGCAGCAGAAAAGAAGGUAAAGAAAGCAAACAAAAGAGGAGAGAAGAGGAGAGAGCGGCAGCAAAGGACGGGGGAUAAGAGAAGGCAGCGGAGAAGUAGAAGAUCUGGCUCGUAAAAUCCUUCCUUUUCCGGAUUUCUCCCAGGAUUCCGACGAGGAUUGGCGAUCUAAUUCCUUGGAGGAGUCGGUUCUUUGCACCUUUCCGUCGAAAACCGUCGAGAAACGGCGGAGAUCUACUCCGGAGAUCGGUUGUCGGAGGAGUGAAGGGUUGAAAGAUGAGAAAAAGCAGAGAGAGGUGAACCCAUUGGAUGAAAGAGAUCGAAGGGAGAUGGAGCGGAAUCGGGAGGCGAGAAGAGGAACCGGGGCGGCGAUGAAUGGUGGGUUGUCGAGGAGGAGGCAGCGGAGCAGCAGCUUGAGAGACUCUCCUGAGGAAGAUGGAGGGAUGGAGAUGGCGGAGAUCACGAGGCUUCGGGAUCGAGGGAGCAAGAAGCAUCGAGAUCGGGAUAGAUCAAGCCGGAGCAAGAGAAGGAGAGGCGAGAGGAUACUGCACGGUAGCAACAAAGACGACGAAGGAGACGACAGCUCCGAUGAGAGCGUCGACGAGGAGGAGGACGACGAGGAGGACGACGUGUCCGUGGCCGUCCGGCUGCCGCCUCCUCUGCCUCCUCCAAAUCCGACCUCCUCGUCGUCUCCACUAUCUCAGAGCAACCACCAGCACCACCACCACCAGCAGAACAGGAAGAGCUUGCCAAUCAAGGUCACGAGGACUCCGCCAGUCUGGAAGGCAGACGAGAUGAUAGGAUUCUCCGUACCAAGGAAAGCCCGGUCCGCAUCUACGAAAAGGUCACAUGAAUGUUGGGUUUCAGGUGGCUCUGGAAGUGGAGAGCAGAUUCCCCGGCAAGCUUCGACCUCUCCCUCGAGGCUCAGCCCUGCCUCCACCACCCAGAUCUCACCUUCCUCCUCCAACGCCUCCGCUCGGAAGAAGAUGAAACAGAUGAGUGGAUCCAAGCACCGGCCGCUGAAGGUCUCCAAGUCGCCGUCUUCGGUCCAGGAGGAUAUCGAGAUCGAGGUCGCCGAGGUUUUGUAUGGGAUGACCAAACAAUUCCAAUGCGCACCGAAGCAGGAGACCUCCAAGAUUGAUUCCAGGGACACAAAUGGUGGGUCUGGCAAUGAAGCCAAAUCCAGAAUUUCCUCUCCAAACUCGAUCUCCCCUGCUCCUCCGGCAUCUCUGCCAUCAUCUGUUCUUCCCCCUUCCAAUCUUAUCUCUAACCCCACUUCUUUGCCUACCGAUGGUCCAAAGAGGAAGAAGCCGAGGCCUCUGAAGCUUGAGGAGGAAAGACCCUCGAGUCCGGGGGGCCUACUCGCACAAGAGGCUUCUAAUAUGGAAGUGGAGCACCAGAUGAAGGAAGAGGCUUCAUCACCGAGAUCAGAGAAGAACACCGCAUGCCCAAGCACUGCAAACGGUGGUGGUUCAAAUGAUCUCUCUGUUCCUCCAGUUGCAGCAGCCCCUUUGGAUGUACAGCAAGAAUCAUCAAAGAUAGGAAACAAUCCAGUUCCUGAUUCGAAGCUUUCGAAGGGAGAACCAGAUGGCCAAAAUCAGAUAGAGAACCAGGAAGAACCUACCCCACCUGAAAAGGAAACUCCCUUGGCUGCUUCGGAUGUCAAUCAUAGUGAAGAAACCUUGGCAAAAGCAGCUCUGUCAUCUGAUGUCCGUCGGGAAGAGAAAUUCUGCAUUGAUCUAAUGGCUCCUCCCCUUGGGAAGUUAUCUCCAGAGAGGGACAGCUUGUGUGACUUCGAUGCAGAUCACAAGUCUCAGGGUCUAGGGAUUGAAACGGCAUUGAAAGUGGACAUUGAGAAGAAAGAAGAAAAGGCAGUGGAGAAAACAGCAAAAGUAGAUGAAAUGGUUCUGGAGAAUAAGAAGGUUGACAAUUCUAUGCAGGAGGAAUUUGAUUUAAAGAAGCAAAAGGUGAAGGAGACGACCCUUGACCUGCAAAUUGAUCUGGAGAAGCCAGACAAGGACAGCCAUAGCAACAGCAACAGCAAACUCCAACUCCAGAAGUCACCCAAGUUUGAGCCAAAACAAGAGAAGGCUGCUCCAUCUCCAUCUCCAUCGCCCCCUGCUAUGCCAAUGACAAUUGCAGGCUGGCCAGGAAGCCUUCCCCCUUUUGGGUACAUGGGUCAAGUUCCAUCUCUGCCGGCGGUCGUUCCCAUGGAUGGGACGACAGGUGUUUCCAAUAGCUUACAGCCUCCCAGCUUCCUCUCGCCGCAGCCUCGCCCAAAGCGCUGCGUGACGCACGGCUACAUCGCACAGAAUAUUUAUUACCACCAGAGAAUUUCAAGGAUGAAUCCUUUCUGGCCUGCAGCAGCUGGCGCUGCUCCACUGUAUGGAGCCAAGCCAUGCAAUCUCAGUGUCUUGCCUUCUUCCGAUGGGAAGAAUACGGCCUCCUCUCAAGAUAACAAGGGGGCACCAGUGGUAGCAGCGUUUAAGGGACCACCCUCGAAGGAGAGGACGCCGGCAGCAAAUAAUCCCCCAACCGAAGCUGCCGAAAAGAAGCAGCUAGUUCUCCAGCAGAUGCCCCAGUCUGGCUCAACAAGCAAUAUGCUGCAUGGCCCGACAUUCAUUUUCCCUCUCAACCAGCAGCAAGCAGCUGCUGCUGCUGCUGCUGCAGUGGCUGCUGCGACUACCCGAUCUGGAGCAUCGAAAUCUACUCCAGGGACUGGUAAUGGGGCACUUUCUUCAGGUGCCUCUAGUUCUGCAAUGGUGAGCACUGGAACCGGUUGUGGAUCGGCAGCUACGAUGAACUUGAGCUUUGCUGGCCUGCCCCCGAAUGAGCCUCAAUAUCUUGCGAUACUGCAGAACAAUGCAUACCCAUUUCCUAUCCCUGCACAUGUUGCAGGACCUCCGCCCUUCAGAGGAGCAAAUCCCGCCCAGGCAAUGCCCUUCUUCAAUGGGCCUUUCUUCUCUUCUCAGAUGCUUCACCCAUCUCAACUCCAGCAGCAGCAGCAGCAGCAGCUGCUGGGACCGCAGCAACCUCCCCACACCCAACAACAAGGCCACCAGCACGCAAGCACAUCAAGUGGAUCGUCAUCCUCCCAGAAGCAUCCACAGCCACUGCAGGCUCCGGGAGGUGGGGCCAGCGGUGCUGGUGGAAGCAAUCAUGGCCUUCCGGCAGCAAACCAGCAGCAGCACUUGCUGCCCCACCAGGCACGGAGACGGGAGGGUGAUAAGCCUUUGGAAGACAGCCCAUCAAGCACUGAUGGUAGGAAUUGUCAAGCUCAGAAGAACGUCUACGCUCACAAUUUUGCCAUGCCGAUCCAUCCUCAGAAUUUUACCUUGAUGUCUGCCGCAGCCACAGCAGCAGCAUUGGGUGGUGGUGGGGGGCAUGGGGAUAAGAUGCAUAUGCAGCAGCAGCAGCCUCAACAGAACCAGAGUAUGAAAGUGGAGCUCACAUCAUCCCAAGCUUUUGCUAUGCCUUUUAUCUCCUUCAAUGGGGUUGCUGCUGCUCCAGGCCUUGAUUUCUCUUCCAUGGCGCAAAACCACGCCAUCUUUCAGGCCCUCCCUGAAGCUUCCAGACAUGGAUACAGCCAGUUUGCUACAGCAGCUGUUGCUGCUGCUGCUACCGCCGAAGCAGCACAACAGAAGAAGACCCAUCCUGAGGAUGGGAAAUCUUCAGGUGGUGGGGACUCAAUUAGUGCAAAUACUGUUGGCGAAGAGGAAAGGAGGGUGAUCACAGGCAGCAAAGCUCCUGGUAUUAGUCUGCAACAUUCCUUUAGCUUCUCUAAACCGGAUGGUGGACCUCCCUUCUCUUCCAUGCUUGGCAGCGGUGUCAUGGACAGCUCAUCUCGGACCUUGGGUCUCAUCCCAGCUCCUGCAAACCGUUCUUCUGGUCCUGCUUCCACAACCACUUCAAUUGCUGAAGUGCCGGUAGUAAAUAUUCCCAAUUCUCAGCAGCAGCAGCAGCAGCAGCAGCAGUUUCUUCAACUUCAGAAGCAUCAGCAGCAACAGAUGCAGGCCCAGCUCGCAUCCAUGAAGUCCUCUGGCUCGAGCAACAGUGCCACCGUCUGCUCAGAGCGUCUUCCUGCAGUCUCCACUGUGACCAAGUUUCCUCAAGCCUUGGCCGGCUUUCCUCAAGCUUUCAUCCAGGGUGGCAACUCCUCCCAGUCACCGCAGUGGAAGGCCUCCAUUACGAGAGCAGCAACAACGCCUGCCCCUCCCCAGGCUCCUGCUCAACCGGUGGCGAAGAACAAUCCUCCUGCCCAGCAGCAAGGCAGAGCACCUCAACAACAAUCUUUUCCUGCUCAAAGCCACCAAACCCAGAUUUCUUUCUGUAUGAAUACAACGAAAGCAGUGCCUGCUGGAGGGACCAGCAAUCCACCAUCCUCAUCUGCUUCUGCCAUUGCCAUUGGUUCUCCCCCGAAUUCGGUCUCCAAGAGCGCCAAUGGGAACCCACGGGCUUCUGCGAGUGUGAAACUUGGUUCGUCGGCCGCCCCAUUAUCACUUCCUCAACAAUCAUCUACCAAGAGUUGUGUGUCGAGCUCAGGACAGAAGUCUUCUCCAGCGAGCAACAAUCGAAAUGUGCCCUCCUCCAUACUUGGCCACCCCCACAUCGCUCCUCCAAAUUCAAGCACCAAACCACAACAGCAGCAAGCUCAACAAUCACAGAAGCAGCAGCAACCAUUCCCUCAAGCUCAAUUCUUAUUCUCGAAUCCUUACCUGCAAGCCCAGCCCCCUCACUCCAAUGCUGGUGGAUAUCAUCAAAGACGCCUAUCCGAACUACCGCCAUCUCAACAGGCUCAGCAGCAGCAGUUAAACUCGACACCAGGCUCUUCCGGGAUGCUGCCCCUCGGCACCUCCGCUCUAACAACCGAUCCUGCAAAAGCUGUUGCAGCGGCUGCUGCUGCUGCUGCCGCUGCCGCCAACGGCAUGAAAGGGAUGCCUCCACCAGGCUUCCUCCAUCCCGCUCAUCUUGCUGCGGCUGCCCAGUCCGCCGCCUCCGGCGCUCCCCACCCUCUUAUGCCCGCGUCAUUUCCUUACCUGUCCUUGCCGGCUGUGUCCUUGAAGCCUGCAGCUGAUCAGAAACCUGCGGCCGCAGGGAACGACAAUUCGCUUGCGUGCUGGCAGCCUGAGAAGAGAUAGAUGAUGGUCGAAUUGCCGCCGCCAAAUGGACUCCGGCCAAGUUCAUCCAUUUUUGUUUCUCCUGAGGGUGUCGGUGAUUUGAGAGGACCCGGCCGGCACGAUGCUCCAUUCCCAUCUUCAUCUUCUGCUGUUGCUGAUGCUCGGCACUUCCGGUUCCGGGUCGAGGAGGCAUCGAGGAAGGAAAGAUGGUGGUCGACCACAAUUGGCUCGAAGUAUUGACUAGCUUUACCUUUUCUUUUGCUUUGGAAUUCGGGUAAUGCUUUGAUUCCCCCCCUCCUCCCUUUUCUUUCCUUCCCCUUAUCCUAAAACUAGGAUCAGGGAGAGGUGGAGAAAAGACUGGACAGAGACCAAUUUGAAGAGGAAAUGGACUCAUGGAUGUAUAGCUUUGUGUGCGGCGGUCAAAUGCCCACCACGACUUCUAAUUUCUUAUAUUUUUUUUCUCUAAAGAAGAUAGAGUGAAGAUGAUUAAUUUAGCUUCUUCUAACU